AUGACUAAGGCUAUUGGAAUUGAUUUGGGUACUACGUACUCAUGUGUUGGUCAUUUUGCAAAUGACAGAGUUGACAUCAUUGCUAAUGACCAGGGUAACCGUACCACUCCUUCUUACGUGGCUUUCACAGACACCGAGAGAUUAAUUGGUGAGGCUGCCAAGAACCAGGCCGCCAUGAAUCCUACCAACACUGUCUUUGAUGCAAAGAGACUUAUAGGUAGGAAGUUUACUGACCAGGAGGUGCAGAAUGAUAUGAAGCACUGGCCGUUCAAGGUUAUUGAUUCUGAGGGAAAGCCAAAGAUUCAGGUGGAGUACAAGGGUGAGACGAAGGUGUUCACACCAGAAGAAAUUUCUUCCAUGGUUUUGACUAAGAUGAGAACUACAGCCGAGGCUUAUUUGGGAGAGAAGGUGAAGGAUGCCGUGGUUACCGUUCCUGCUUAUUUCAACGAUUCGCAGAGACAGGCAACUAAAGAUGCCGGUACCAUUGCCGGUUUGAACGUGAUGAGAAUUAUUAACGAGCCUACCGCUGCAGCUAUUGCUUAUGGUUUGAAUAAGGAGAAGGGAAGCGGUGAGAAGAAUGUGUUGAUCUUCGAUUUGGGUGGUGGUACUUUCGAUGUUUCUCUUUUGUCCAUAGAUGAGGGUAUAUUUGAGGUCAAGGCCACUGCAGGUGAUACCCAUUUAGGUGGUGAGGACUUUGAUAACAGAUUGGUUACUCACUUUGCUAAUGAAUUUAAGAGAAAGUACCACAAGGACAUGACUGGCAACCAGAGAGCAUUGAGAAGAUUAAGAACCGCAUGCGAGAGAGCCAAGAGAACAUUAUCUUCCUCAGCACAAACAUCCGUUGAGAUUGACUCUUUGUACGAGGGUAUUGACUUCUACACAUCAAUUACGAGAGCAAGAUUUGAGGAACUUUGCUCAGAUCUGUUCAGAUCCACUCUGGACCCCGUCGAAAAAGUUUUGAGAGAUUCAAAGCUUGACAAGGCUCAAAUAGAUGAGAUUGUGCUUGUUGGUGGUUCCACAAGAAUUCCAAAGAUCCAGAAGUUGGUUUCCGAUUACUUCAACGGCAAGGAGCCAAACAAGUCCAUCAACCCUGAUGAGGCUGUUGCAUACGGUGCUGCAGUUCAGGCUGCCAUUUUGACUGGUGAUGAAUCAUCAAAGACUCAGGACUUGUUGCUUUUGGAUGUUACACCAUUAUCGUUGGGUAUUGAGACCGCCGGUGGUGUGAUGACAAAGUUGAUUCCAAGAAACUCUACAAUUCCUUGCAAGAAGUCGGAGAUCUUCUCCACAUAUGCUGAUAACCAGCCAGGUGUUUUGAUUCAGGUGUACGAGGGUGAGAGAACCAGAACCAAGGACAACAACUUGUUAGGUAAGUUCGAGUUGACUGGAAUUCCACCUGCACCAAGAGGUGUUCCUCAGAUUGAGGUUACCUUUGAUAUCGACGCAAACGGUAUCUUAAAUGUUUCUGCAGUUGAGAAGGGUACCGGUAAGUCCCAGAAGAUCACCAUUACGAACGACAAGGGCAGAUUGUCAAAGGAGGAGAUUGAUAAGAUGGUCUCUGAGGCCGAGAAGUUCAAGGCUGAGGAUCAGAAGGAGGCUGACAGAAUCCAGGCCAAGAACACUUUGGAGUCUUAUGCCUUCUCCUUGAAGAGCACUGCAUCUGACGCUAAGUUUGCUGACAAGGUUGGCGCUGAUAACAAGGAUAAGUUACUCAAGAAGUGCGAGGAGGUUAUCAGCUGGUUGGACUCUAACCAGACUGCUGCCAAAGAUGAGUUCGAGGACAAGAAGAAGGAAUUGGAACAAGAGGCCAAUCCAAUCAUGCAAAAGUUGUAUGCUGCAGGUGGUGCACCGGGUGCAGCUCCAGGUGGAGCUCCAGGAGCAGGUGCGGCUCCAGGUGGUAUGCCGGGUGGAAUGCCAGGCGGUAUGCCAGGUGCUGGAAGUGGUCCAAGCACUGGUGCCAACAAUGGUCCUUCCGUUGAGGAAGUGGAUUAA